GCUAAAAUUCCGUGAAAUUCGGCGUACGAACGAAGGGCUGCCCUUCGUCCCGGCAGAACUUUAUCUUGGCCAGCAAGGAAGAGUUUGGCUGGCAAUAUCAUACAGAUCACCGCAUUUCGAUGCUCCCCACCACAAACGUCAAGGCAUUAUCCCUCCAUUUUCACUCUCGCUUGACAUUAUCUAGGAGAAUUUCAACUAAAAAACCGCACGACGCUGUCAGCUUGACAAGACCGUGGUUGUCACUGCCAGCCACUCCCUGCCUGUUCCUGAAUCACACACAUACCGGUACUUGAGUUACGCUACUCACUUGCCGGACUUAGUCACAUUCGAACUUUUUGUACCGCCCCACCACCGGAUUCUGGGAGCCGGCGACUUGGGCGCAAGUAACGGUACAUCUGCUACCCGUAAAUUCCUACCAGCCUUUCCAUUUCCACGUUCGUUAUUUCUUUCGCUCUUUUCCAUGCCGUAUUAUCGUUGUUUAUGUUUUUUGGGCCCCAUUUCCUUCGCUCUUUCUUUCCCUCCUUUCCUCAGCUUAGUUUAGCUGAUUACUAUCCUUGUACAUUACGAUGUCGCUAAGAUCUAUCCUUAAGACUAUCCUUCUGAUGGCCUCGACCGCGUCCGCCGCGCGAACACUCUUCGUCGGCUCUGCAAAGGGCACGAUCAAGACUUAUGAGUUCGACGAGACGGCCAAUUAUCAGUCUUCGAUCAAGGAGCUUGCAUCGACUUCCGAGAGCAGCCCGGCGCCUACAUGGCAGACAAUCUUCGGAAAUUUGCUCUACUCUGUCAGCCAGACCGAAGUGACUGCCGAUGGCGUCGUCACGGCGUACCAGAUUGGCUCCGACAAGAAGUUGAUCAAGAAGGGGAGCGCGAGGGGCAUAGCCGGCCCAGUGAGCAUUGCAGUUUGUAAGGGCGGGAAAUUGGUUAUUACUGCUUCCUAUGGAGGUGGAGGAGUGGAUACCUUCGCAGCGGAUGGGUCUGGUGGUCUCACCCACAGCCAGAGAUUCGCCUACAAACUCAACAAGCCCGGCGCCGUCCCGGACCGCCAAACUGAGCCCCACCCUCACCAGGCCAUCAUGGACCCAACUGGGGAAUACGUUAUCGUUCCCGACCUCGGAGCUGACCAAGUCAGGGUGUACAACGUCAACAGCAGUACUACAAUCAAGGAACUGGAGUGCAUCAAAACCCCCCCCGGAUUCGGUCCCAGGCAUGCUGUCUUCUACCCCGUCGGCAACUCAAAGGCGACGCAUCUAUUCGUGGUCGGAGAACUCGCGAACAAAAUCAUCACCUUCAAGAUCAGCUACGACCACGGCCGAUUGAAGGCAAAGAAAGUUGCGACGGUGAGCACUUUCGGCGCUCAAAUUGUGCCAACCGGUCCUUCCGCUCUCUCCGCCGCCGAAAUCGCCCUUUCCCCCAACGGGAAAUACCUCUAUGUCUCCAACCGUUUCGACAAAACACAAGCUGGCAAGACCCAAGACUCCAUUGCUAUCUUCAGUGUUGCCUCGGACGCAGCGCUCACCUUCAUGCAACUUAGUGCCUCUGGCGGCCUUGAGCCGCGCCACUUCUCAAUCACCAGGGAUGGGAAUUGGGUCGCUGUUGCUAACGUCGGAAAUGGCAACCUUGGCAUCUUCAGGCGGCAUCCAGAGAAUGGGACUCUUUCUUCCUCACCGGUCAUUUCCAUGCCGAAUGAUGGUGCUUCGUGCGCUCUAUGGUAUGAGCCCCAGAAUUGAGUACAGAGUGGAGAGGGGGGGUGUUUUUUAUCUGUUAUCAUGUUUGAUAAAAUGAGACCGAAUGCCUUGCAUGGUAUACUGUGGUCUUGCUGUCGCGGUUUGGAGAUUUGAAACAUCCUUUAUUAUAA